UUGUGAUGAUUAACUCAUGGUAGCAAAGUACUGCUGUGGUAAUAAUCCAACAUUAAUGGUACGCUGCUUGCUAUAAGGUGAAAACAACAUUAUCUGGGUAAGCACGGAAAGUAAGUGUAAGCAACCCAGAGAUUUCUGGAAGUUACAAAAACAUCCCUGGUGAAGGUGGUCCUGCUUGCUCUGCAGCUCGGUAACUUUCCUUUCCUUUCUGCUUGCUUGCAAAGAGGCUUAGCAAACAGUCUUUGCACAAGACUGAAAGCUGGGAAAAACCUGUGUUUUAAUAGCUCUGCCAAUGAGCAAAUUCCAGCAAUGAGCAAAUAAUAUUCCCGCCCUGCUUCAGUUUUUCCAAGAGUUAAAAGUGAAAUAAUGCUUAUUCUUCCGCUCGGGAUGUUGCAAUCAUAUUUACUGUGGUGAAAAAUGCUUUGAAGAGGAAAAACGAGAUGCAAUUAUCAUCAUUUACUGUGUGGGGGCAUCACGUAGAUGGAGUAAUGCUUUGCAAGCCAUAAAACGAGGCUGAUGCCCCGGGGCGCUUGUAGCACAAAGGAUCUGUGUUGAUGUUUCAUUGACUGAGGAUUUACAGCACCUGAACAAACGAGCAGAAAACAGAACAUGACCCACAGAACCACAGUUCUUUUUUAUUCUCAAAGAACGAUUAAUUGCUUUCUUUCUUUCUUUUUUUAAUUUUGGACUGUUUUGUUUCCCCUGGAUUACUCUUCCAGCCCAUAUGAAGAGAGGAGGUAAAGCCAAGGUUGGGAUUUGCUGUAGGAGCGGCACCCACUGCCCUUCCCGGGGCUGGAACCCAAACAGAAUGGUGUUUGUGCCUUCAGUCUGAUGGAUUUAAAUAUGGAAGGGGAAUUCUGAGAGCGUUGGGAAUACGCUAGAAAUAAAAGCGUGGGAAAAUAAGCUGAGGGGACUGCGUGCUGCUGUCUGUCUGCAAGCGAGCAGGAGAAAUCUUGGAAAAAUGGAAAAAAAGGCAACAAGCAAUGAGACUCAGCCGCUGACUUCCAAGAAAGGUAUCUCAGACUGUAACGAAGGAGAAGACUGUAAAGAGAACGGACUUCUGAUCAGGAACCCUAAAUCUGCCCUACGGCUCACGGAGGAUGGGAAUAAAGUCCAUCCUAGCCAGGGAGAUAAAGAAGAGGCAGCUCAGAUCUCAAAUGGCUAUUCGGCAGUUCAGAGCUCCGUGCCUUGCAAUGGGAUGGGAGAGGUGGAGGACGCGCAGUGCACUGCCCCGGCAGCCACGACCACCACCACAACCACCACGUCCACCACGUGUGGAGCAGAGGGCCAGCAGCAGCUGAUGGAGCUGGAAGACAGAGAGACCUGGAGUAAAAAAAUUGACUUUCUGCUCUCUGUCAUUGGAUAUGCAGUGGAUCUGGGAAAUGUGUGGAGAUUUCCUUACAUAUGCUAUCAAAACGGUGGAGGAGCAUUCCUCAUUCCUUACACAAUUAUGGCCAUCUUUGGUGGUAUUCCUCUCUUCUAUAUGGAAUUAGCAUUAGGACAGUACCACAGGAACGGGUGUAUUUCAAUUUGGAGAAAAAUAUGUCCUAUAUUCAAAGGCAUUGGCUUUGCCAUCUGUGUAAUAGACCUCUAUGUAGCCUCCUACUACAACACCAUCAUGGCGUGGGUCUUCUACUACCUCGUGUCCUCCUUCACGACGGAGCUGCCAUGGACCAGCUGCAAAAACGCAUGGAACACAGGCAACUGCACUACCUACUUCAGCAAGGACAACAUCAGCUGGGCCUUGCACUCCAUCUCUCCUGCAGAAGAAUUUUAUACCCGCCAAGUUCUACAGGUGCAUAGGUCCAAUGGGCUGGAUGACCUGGGGGGCAUUAGCUGGCAAUUGACCCUCUGUUUAUUGUUAAUCUUCAUCAUUGUAUACUUCAGCAUCUGGAAAGGGGUCAAAACAUCUGGCAAGGUGGUGUGGGUGACGGCCACAUUCCCUUACGUCAUUCUUUUUAUCCUGCUAGUGAGAGGGGCAACUCUGCCCGGUGCCUGGAGAGGCGUCCUCUACUACUUGAAACCUGAAUGGCAGAAACUCCUGGCCACCGAGGUUUGGGUGGAUGCAGCAGCUCAGAUUUUUUUCUCCCUUGGCCCGGGUUUUGGGGUCCUAUUGGCUUAUGCCAGCUACAACAAAUUCCAUAACAACUGCUACCAAGACGCCCUGGUUACCAGCACCGUGAACUGCCUGACUAGCUUCGUGUCCGGCUUUGUCAUUUUCACUGUGCUGGGGUACAUGGCCGAGAUGAGGAACGAAGAUGUGUCGGAGGUUGCCAAAGACAUGGGACCCAGCCUGCUCUUCAUUACCUACGCCGAGGCCAUUGCAAACAUGCCUGCUUCAACUUUCUUUGCCAUCAUAUUUUUCCUGAUGCUACUCACGCUGGGAUUAGACAGCACGUUUGCAGGACUAGAGGGAGUGAUUACUGGAGUCCUGGAUGAAUUCCCACACGUCUGGAGCAAGCGCAGGGAAUUCUUUGUCCUCGGUCUCAUCAUCGUUUGCUUUUUGGGGUCAUUAGCAACCCUGACAUUUGGAGGCGCGUACGUGGUGAAGCUGUUUGAAGAAUAUGCCACUGGCCCAGCUGUGCUAACAGUGGUGUUCCUGGAAGCGGUGGCGGUGGCCUGGUUCUACGGCAUCACCCAGUUUUGCAACGAUGUGAAAGAAAUGCUGGGCUUUACCCCGGGCUGGUACUGGCGAGUGUGCUGGGUGGCAGUCAGUCCCAUCUUCCUCCUGUUCGUCACUUGCAGCUUUCUGUCCAACCCCCCCAAGCUACGGCUUUUUGAUUACGAUUAUCCCUACUGGACCACAGUUGUGGGCUACUGCAUAGGAACCUCUUCUGUCAUCUGUAUCCCCAUCUACAUGGUUUAUCGGUUGAUCAUCACUCCAGGAACACUUAAGGAGCGUAUUCUGAAAAGCAUUACUCCAGAAACAGCCACAGAAAUUCCUUUUGGAGACAUCCGCAUGAAUGCGGUUUAAGCUAACCUGGUUUCUGGGGAGAGAGGGGAAGCACAGAAUCGAACUUUCCACCCAAGGAAUUAUGUUUCCAGCUGAGAUAACAACGGGAUGAGUUUUCUGCAGAGGUUCUGACACUGACAAAGGGGCGUUUGGAAACAUGAUGCCUCCAGCACAUCCAUCCAAGCAAUUCAAUGAAACCUGCCGUGCACUUCUAACCAGACUGACCUGAGAACCAACUCAUUCUGGAAACACGAGGAUGUCUGCGUGCGUGAGGAUACCACCGCUCCACGCAUGGGCACCGGGGCUGUUGCAGAAGCCUCUCUAGGACGAGCAGCAGCGGUAGGAUUAGGUAUAGAAUCUCAAGUCUGUGGCAGUUCUCCUGUAUCUUCCUCAAUGUGAUCGUUCGUACUGGGCAAUGUUGUAUUCGCUUCUAAGGUUCUAAUUGCUUCAACUACAUUGAAAAAUACAAAAAUAUUUCCAAUAGCCAUACAUUACUCAAGUAACACAGGGUUUUAUAAACUAAUUAGUCAGUUCUCCAACUCCUAGGUUUGUAGUGGAGUCGUCAGAGGGAGAGGAAGCAAUCUUGAGCAGCACUAUACACAGCUCUGCACAAAUCAGCAUGCACAUCUGGUAACGUUAUCCUCCUCCUCAUUUCAUCUGUAGGUCAUGCGUUUCUGUUGUUUCUUGUUUAACAAAUACCACAAAACCAGUGUUUGUAAUGUAGGCUUCACAGUCAAGCAACAAAAAGGUCUCGUGGGUCACUGGACAAGCACUGAAGCUGCUAGCACUCGUUACUCUGCUUUCACAACUAAGCCACAUAUUCACAAAAUCCUUGUACUCACAGACCGAGCAUUUACUCCCAAGGAAACUAUAUACCAACAGUGAAUUACUUUGAGUUCAGAUGCCAAAAAGUGGACUCUCACAGAUCUGCUUUUCUUUUGUUUAUUUUUUAAAUUUCAGUCCCACAGCUAAGAUUGGCCGGAGCCUGUGGCUUUUUCUAUUGUUUCCUAGUACAGACCUCAAGUUCAGAACAACCUUUUUGGCUGGCUGACAAAAGUACGUUUACGCAAACCUACUGCCAAGAUUUACUAGCUCCUAUUCUUAUGUGAAUACAUUCGGUUUUCACUCUGAAGAAUAACAGUUUUUUUUAACAAGAAGUUGAGUUCAUCAGGAGAGAUGCUGAUCAGAACUAUUUAUAUUAAAUUUUGAGGCACCGAUACACAAAUUAACCUCCAUGCAUGUACUAACCUUAUCAUGUAAUAUCUGUACAUACGCCUCCAAUGGGAACUGCCCUUCAGACUGACUGUCGCUGCCAAAUCAGUUGGAGGACAACAGUUUUGCUGUAGUUAGAUGGGAAUUUAGAUAAACCUGAGCAGUCAUCAUUUAUGUAAAGACACUGCAUUUUCACUCUACCACAUAGGUUAUAAAAGUCUAAGAAAAGCAGGAUUAAAUAGAGCAUAAAAGCCUCUUUUGCAUUUCAUCGUUUACUUAGGAAACUUACUGCUAAAAUUAACAACCUUAUACAUGCACACAUAGUGGCAGGCACUGAGAACCCCACUGAAGAGCUGACAUCGGUACAAAGCACACGAGAGGAAAGCAGGGUGGUGUGACUGCGUUCUGAAAGCAUUCACCUCACUUCCACUGCAGCUACUGACCUGAGUUCCCUUAUCUUCAGCUCUCAGUCCCAACUUCCAGCAAGGAAAUAACCUGAAGGGACAAGGACUGCUCUUUCCAAAUUACAAACAAAGGCCUCCUGCACUAUUUUUUAAAAGGGAGUAUGUUCUUGCAUCACCACCAGAAAAACAUAAUAAAUUUGUCUUACUGGAUGCUUACUCGUACAGAAUAGUUUUGAAGUUUAACCCUCAAGGAUAUUUGAAAACUACUUCCAAAACCGUCUUUGUCGUGGGGAAAAGAGAAGUUCAUCUAGAUGUGCACUAAGAUUUCAAAAUGCCAAUCAGAGAAAAUUACUGAUUGUUCCUAACAAACUUUUCUGUUAUGAGUACAUUCAUUGAAAAAAAUACAUAUGAAAUGUCAGUGUGAAAUGGACAGUGUCUGUAUUCAGUAUCAAGUGUGGGAAAUAAAAGAGAAAAUACCACACACCUCCAUUCCUCAGACUGGUGUCCAACUAUUGCUAGGUAUCUUUCCCCCUACAUGCUUAUUUUAAACAGAUACAUCUUACUGACAGAUUUCUUGCCAGAGUCAAUACUGUUUCCUGCUAGGCUCAUUAAAAAAAUAAUCUUACAGCUCCAACUUUUAGCAAUUUUUGCACAUCCACUUGCAAAAGUCCCUUCAAACAGACAUUCUGCUGCCUUUUAUUAAGAAGGGUGACAGUACAGCAGAGCUGGCUGCAUUAAAUAUCACCGUUAUCUGCAUCAAAGCCGAAGUUUCUCCUUCAGCCCCUUGCCAACAAACUGAAGCUGGGACCAUUGUUCCUAAUGCAAUAAUUUGCAGAGUAGUAACUGCUAAAAUCACUGCUACUUCGUGUGCGAUACUACCAACACGUUCUUCCUUUGUAACAGCAUUGUAAAUGGCAAAAGAUGAACCUGUAAUUUGUAUUAAGACACUACAGUGCCACACACGUUGCCUCUCUGGGUGGUGGUAGCACAGAACACUGAUGAGCUGCCCAAGAAAAGCCAUGUUUUUCGAGCGGACCAAGUCAGCCAAGAAGCCCCAGGUUCUCUCAGUCUGAAUUUCUGAGCUGGAAAAAUCCAAAUAAUGCUCCCUGACUACAGAUGUACUGAGAGGGAUGAAAGUUUUUGACAUCACUUGUAGAUAGUUACAAAAAGCAAUGCAGACAGGCAAAGCCACAGGACAGAAAGUAUUGUCAGAAACAGCCCCGAAGAUCAGUAGUGAUGUUACAUCUCCAUUCUACAUCUUCAUUUUCACCAGGACAAUCCAGUGUGGGGUCUUUAUGGGAACAAGGGGUAAGGAAGCCCUUAAGUAAACUAACAAGUUCUCUUUUCCUGACUAACAGAAAGAUGAAAAUCAUCUAUGUUUUCAUUCUAAUUAAGCUGAAUUAGCAAGGUGCUUCAGUUCCCGUUUCUUUUUAGAUGGCAAAUUGGUUUAAGCUUUUCUAAAUCUUUUUACUCUACGUUCAUUUCAUGUUCUCUCUGUUUAGCGGAGUGACUGAAAAAAAUGACAUUGGUCUCAUUUAUUUUCAGAACUGAUUCUUUUUUUUCUUGAUUUUACAUAUCCACCUGAAAGCAGUGAGAGUACCCAGCACAUAUCAGGUAGCUCAACAAGGAGCCAUACAUUAGACAUUGUUUUUGCCCCAAAACAUAGUUACUUUGAUACCAAAUGGGCUGCACUGCAAUUCCAAGUGUUAGAGGCAAAGAAAUCCCUUCUCCUCAACUUUCUGCUUAUCUGCCAUACUGGUGCACCUCACACUCUGUAAUGAACACUGAAAAAGGAGUUAAUGAAAUUGGUAAGUUAGGAACGUGUUUGCCUUUCAAGCAGGAAUUAAACUGGAGUUUUAGCUGUACAGAAUUAGGCAUUCCCUCCAACUUGUACAUGGAUGCAUCUGUAUUAAUUUAUGCAGCUGUUUAGUUACAAGUGUUGCAAGCUGAUUGUAAGUUAUCAGUAUGUGCCUUGUACUGUAAACUGUUAUUGUAAUAAAUUUAAUAAUCAUAACCCA